AUGACUGCGGUUUCAGUCCACCAGAGCAAGACUCGGAAGAAGGCGUGUACGGCUUGUGUCAAAGCAAAACGGAGGUGCGAUUUGUUGUUGCCAGCUUGUUCCAGAUGUGAUAUGAAGAAUCUGAGUUGUGUUUAUGUGAAUGAGUUGUCGCGGAAGAAAUCAACAAGGUCUUCACAACGUGCUAAAUCAACCACGAUUCCUUUGGAGAGCAUUACGACAGCACAAAUCUUCACUGAUUCGUAUGAGGCAUGUCUUGAUUCGUUGCCCUACGACAACAUACCGCUCUUGGACUACCAAGAUCAGCAAUCUAACCGGGAUCUCACGUCGUGGUAUUCCACCAACAACAACGCCCUUUCUUUUCCACCUGACAUAUCAUUUCAAACCACCAGUUCACUUGCAUCACUUGAUCCUCAGACCCUGUCUCUCUCUAUCAAUCCAUUGCCAUCACCUUACUCAUCAAUUCAACUUCCUCCUCGCAACACCCUUAGCCCCGCUCAAAUCAGCUACAUCUCAACCCAGCUGAAAUCAUUCGUCUCAUCCUUCGCACUCCACUCCCACAACUCUUUCAUUCAUCCUCUCUCAUCCCAUGAUCUUGGUAGACCCCUGCCCACUCCAUAUACCGAUGCACUUUCUAUCUGUGCACUUCAUACCCUCGGCUCUCCUCACGCCUUCUCGAUUCUCGACUCUAAAAUUUCUGAUCUUAUUUGCUCGAGUGCAAAAGACUAUUGGGGCUCAUCCGAAUGGCUUAUUGCAGUUCAAGUCUUAAUUCUAUAUCAAACAAUCCGUCUCUGGUCUUCAAAUGAUAGACAAAAGAAAAACGCCGAAAGACACAUACCGUUGCUAAUGCAAUGGACAAAUCAACUACAAAUUGAAUAUGUAGGAUUAUUAGCACAAGGCAUGGAUACACGGCUUCCCACAGACGAUGCCCACAGUAAGGAUAGUAAGCUACAAGAUUACGCAGAAAGAUGGGUACUUCUGGAAAGUAUACGACGAGCCGUCAUGAUUAGUAUGGUUAUCCAAUGCUUAUAUGGCGGGAUGAAGGAUGGGUAUAUAGGAGGAUUGUUGCCGAUAUUAUUUCACCUACCAGUCAGUGUUGAUGCAGGUAAAACAUGGGAAAUAUUAGGUGGGAAAGUUUUGAAUGAACAACGGUCGUGGGAAGAUCAAUCUGACGAUUCCACAAAUGUCGAAUUUGGAGAGAUUUAUGAAUAUAGAUCUUGGAGCGAGGGUUGGACGAUUGGGAUUGUGGGAGGAGGAGAAAUGGAACAGGAGAUUUAUGAAAGGAUGUUGUUGGUAGCUUGUCCCAUGACUAGAGCGAUUGAAAGGUGGGGAGGAGAUAUCGAGUCGGGAUAUGGAGAGGUAGAAUUGCAAAUUGUGGAGGGCUUAGAGAUGGGUGUGUAG